UCAGUAUUCACUCAACUUCGUUCAAUAUGACCCUCAAGCUCACGUACUUCGACAUCCACGGACUCGCUGAGCCAAUCCGUCUUCUUCUCGCGGACAAGCAAGUUGCCUACGAGGAUCAUCGUGUAACCUAUGAACAAUGGGCUGAUAUUAAACCAAAGAUGAUCUUCGGCCAGGUUCCAUGUCUUCUAUCCGGAGACGAGGAGAUUGUUCAAUCUGGAGCUAUCAUCCGUCAUCUCGCUCGUCUUAAUGGGCUCAAUGGCUCCAACGAGACAGAGACAACUUUCAUCGACAUGUUCUACGAAGGACUUCGUGAUUUGCACACCAAGUACACCACUAUGAUCUACAGAAACUACGAAGACGGCAAGGCUCCGUACAUCAAGGACGUUCUUCCAGGAGAGCUCGCUCGUCUGGAGAAGCUUUUCCAUACCUACAAGAACGGAGAGCACUACGUUAUUGGAGACAAGGAAAGCUAUGCGGAUUAUGUGCUGUUCGAGGAGCUCGACAUUCAUUUGAUUCUCACACCAAAUGCUCUUGAUGGUGUUCCAGCACUCAAGAAGUUCCACGAGAGAUUCGCUGAGCGUCCAAACAUCAAGGCAUAUCUCAACAAGAGAGCUGCUAUCAACCCACCAGUAAAUGGAAAUGGAAAACAAUAAGCUAAUUCAAUUUUUUCUCAUUUUGCAAUCAUCAAAAAUUCCAGUUUGAUAUAAUUUAUUGUCUUCCUUAAAGCUUCCAAUGAAUCUCUGCUUCCC